GGGGGCUCGGGCUCCCGCAUAUCCAUCACCCGCACCACCAGCUUGACCAGCGCUGGGACUGGGGGUUAUGGGGCGGGCUAUGGGGCUGCCUUGGGGAGCAGCAUGGCCUUUUCGGGUUCCGGCAUGGUGGCCAACGAGAAGGAGACGAUGCAGGAACUCAACGACCGCUUGGCCACCUACCUGGAGAAGGUCCGGAGCCUGGAGCAGGAGAACCGGCGGUUGGAGGUCCAGAUCCGGGAGUUCAUGGCCAAGAAAGGUCCCAGCACCCGGGACUGGAGCCACCACUGGGAGGUCAUCGAGGAGNACAGAGAUAAGAACACAGAUGGGGAUGGGGACAAGGAUGAGGACAGGGCCGGGGACACGGGCGGGGCUGGAGCCACUCAGCGCUGUGUCCCCAGGUACGAGGCGGAGCUGGCCAUCCGCCUCUCGGUGGAGAACGACAUCAUGGGGCUGCGCAAGGUCAUCGACGACACCAACAUGGCCCGGCUGCAGUUGGAGGGGGAGAUCGAGUCCCUCAAGGAGGAGCUCAUCUUCAUGAAGAAGAACCACGAGGAGGAGGUGAAGAGCCUCCAGGCCCAGAUCUCCGACUCGGCGUUGACGGUGGAGGUGGACGCGCCCAAGUCACAGGACCUGGGCAAGAUCAUGGCGGAGAUCCGGGCGCAGUACGACGCCCUGGCCCAGAAGAACCUGGAGGACCUGGAGAAGCAAUGGGGGCAGCAGAUCACCGAGAGCACCAUCGAGAUCACGCAGAGCACCAAGGACAUCGACACGGCCCGCAGCACUGUGGUGGACCUCCGUCGCUCCGUCCAGACCCUGGAGAUCGACCUAGAGUCCCUCCGCAACCAGAAAGGCGGUUUGGAGGCCAACCUGCUGGAGGUGGAGAACCGCUACGCCAUGCAGCUGGAGCAGCUCAAUGGCCUCAUCCUGAGGGCGGAGGCGGAGCUGCUGCAGGUGCGGAACGAGCUGCAGCACCAGGCCGAGGAGUACCAGGCGCUGCUCAACGUCAAGGACAAGCUGGAGGCCGAGAUCACAACCUAUCGGCACCUGCUAGAGGGGGGAGAGGAGUUCAGCCUGCAGGACGCCCUGGAGAAGGAGACCACCUCCACCACCCAGAGGACCACCCAGCGGAUGGUGGACGGCCCUCGGCCGGAUGAAUUUCAGGGUUUUAGCGGGCAGCUCCUCGGCUGUAACGCCGCCAUCGGCACCGUGCGGCGAGGACGAUGGCGGUGA